AUGGUAUUAAGAGAAGUUGGAAAGUGUGUUGUUUAUGUUGAUAUUCCUCCUGAUAUUAAUGAUUUUGGUAAAAAUUUUGCAAAAGCUAUGAAUAUUAAAAUAUCAGAUUUAACUGAUAAUGCAAAAUAUGGCAGACCAUUAAUUAUUAUUUUGGAUAAUAUUGAUCGAUUAAUUCCUGAGAAUAUAGAAAUCCUUGAUUGGCUUCAAAAAAAUUUAAUUGAAUAUGAAAAUUAUAAAUAUAUUACAGUAUUUGUCAGCAGUGGAAAUUUAGUUCCCCUAGGAACAAGUUCAUAUGGAUAUUGGGUAAAUGUGAAAUCUAAUUACCUUGUUAAUAAAAAAAAUAUCAAAGAAGAAGUAAAAAAAUAUAUGAAUUGGUUGGUGGAUGCAUUAUUGAUUUAG